UGGAGAUAUAAACAUAAUGGCGUUGUUUAGAAACAAGAGCUCUGCUUCACCGUACUCAACUUUGGACAGGAAAGUAGACAGAAAUGAGUCUAAAACAAGCACAGAAAACGAAGAUUCAUUCAGAAGUUUAUCUGAAGACGCAGAGGGGGAUGUCAGUGAGGGUCAACAUGAGGCUGACGAAGGCCGGGAGUCCGGGAGGAAGCUGCCAGGGCCAGAAGAAGAAGAGUUUAACAGCAGAGAGUAUGGAGCUGGCACCACGGUUGGAUACAAUGGGUUUCGCUCGCUUCGGGACUGGAUAGUGCGCCACACACAGGUGGUGUUUAGACUUUUAACUUAUUCAAAGAAAGACAGAAAUAAGCCUGAAACAAGCGACAACAACACACGUCCACUCAAGAAUUCACCUGACGAUGCAGAGAGGGUUAUUAGUCCCGAACUAAAAACGUCCUCAGAUAAUGGUGAGGUGCCCGUGAGCAAGCGAGCAAGCUCUAACCAAGAGGACUUUCAAAAUGAUCGAGUUGAGACCGUUGAUGAAAAUGUUUCUAUGGUACACCCAAAUGAGUCUGAAAUACGCACAGAAAAUGCAGUUGACGAAGUGAAGAAGCUGACAGGGCCGGAAGAAGAAGAAGAAGAGUUUGACAGCACAGAGUAUCGAGUUCACACUACGGAUGAAUUCUACUGCGACUAUGAUUCAACCUGGGAGACCGACCCGAAUGAGGAGAGCCCACCCAGCAGGAUCAGACAGACAACAAACUCCAACUAUUACAAGUUCAGCAGAUUUGAACGUGCUGCGAGAGACAUGCAGAACUACAGACAUGACUACCCUAGCCAAAUCAAGACACAGCACAGGAAGAAGAACACAAAUGACGACAAGCCUAACCUGAAUUUCUACCUUGGAAAGAAACGAUCGGUGCCAGACGGUGUCAGCAUAACUGAGUUCCAUAAAAACUGGUAUGGAGACUAUGAAAGACUUGAGCACAUGCAAACCUAUAUUCAGUGGUUGUUCCCACUGCAAGAACCAGGAGUGAACUAUGAGGCCAGUACACUGACAAAGGAAGAAAUUAGGGAUUUUCUUGAUCACAGCAUUGCAAAGGAAAACCUGCUGAAGUCGUACGAGCUCAUGUUGGACUUUUAUGGUAUCGUGUUGUGUGAUGAAAAAACUGGAGAAGUCAAGAGAGCAGAGCACUGGGAAGAAAGAUUUGACAACCUUAACAGUCACACACACAACAGCCUGCGCAUCACUCGCAUCCUGAAGUGUCUGGGAAACCUGGGUUACCGUCACUACCAAGCCCCUCUGGUCCGCUUCUUCCUGGAGGAGACUCUGGCCAACGGACAACUUCCAAACAUCAGGGACAGCGUCCUCAGCUACUUUAUGUUUGCUGUACUUGAUAAGAAAAAGCGCAGACGUCUCAUCAAGUAUGCAUAUUUGAACUAUGAGCUUAAAGAUGAGUUUGUGUGGUGCCCAAAGAAAAUCCAAGAAUUGUGG